UUCACAUGCGAAGGUUGUGUAUGUCGGAGAGCGAUGGUGGACGGCAGCUGAACACCUUCGGUCAGAAACAUCCUGAGAGUGAGGUUAGUUCUUAAGUUAGGCAAAGCACUCGCCGUCUUAGGCUACCACAAUGGAUGGUCAAGCCAUUUUAGUCAAUGUGUCACGUUUAGAAGAUCUAAAUGGAUACGAAAACCACAAUGCUUUCUCUACUUCGCAUGACACAGAGAAAUCAAACGGAGCUGCCCACUAUUUCGAAGAACUCAAUGGACGACGUAGCUUCGAAGUUAUCACAGUUGUGUGGAGGAAUCUUACGUUCCGUGUACACGAACGGAGCCAGAAAGAAACCAAAGUUCUCCUCAACAAUUUGAGCGGAGCUGCAACACCCGGGACGUUGACUGCCAUCAUGGGUCCAUCUGGAGCGGGAAAGACGACCUUGUUGAACCUUCUAACAGGACACUAUGACAAAGGAUACGAUGGAGAGGUCCAGAUAAACGGCAACGUAAGGGUUCGCAGUCUCUUUAACAAGCAGAGCUGCUACGUCAUGCAGGAUGAUCACCUGUUGCCAUCACUCACUGUGCAUGAAGCACUGACAAUGAGUGCUCAGCUACGCAUGCCCACACUUACCAAAGAGGAGCAAAUGGCCAAGGUUGAAAAGUUAAUCAAGGAAUGGAGUCUCUGGGACUGCCAGCAUACUCGGACAUGCAAAAUAUCAGGUGGUCAAAGGAAGAGAUUGGCUAUUGCUCAGGAACUGGUCAACAACCCUCCUGUCAUAUUCCUCGACGAACCGACCAGCGGCCUGGACUCUAUUAGCAGCCUCAUGUGCGUGUCUGCAUUGAAAAGACUGGCACAGGAAGGACACACAGUUAUCUGCUCCGUCCAUUCUCCGAGUGCCAAAAUAUUUUCGUAUUUCGACAACCUAUACAUGCUCUCCAGAGGAAACUGCAUAUACAAUGGAAAGGUGAAAGACCUCCUAGGGUUCCUGUCUCGGUUCGACAUGCAUUGUCCACAGUAUCAUAAUCCUGCUGACUACAUCUGUGAAAUCGCAGCGGGAGAGUACUGCGAUCUCACAGUCCUGUUAGCCAAAAAUUUCACGCUACCAGUCCUUGACAGCGCCACAAAGAGCACAGACGGGGGAAUAACCGUAUAUGGAGGCAAAGUUAUGAGCACUCAGGAGACAGUGACAGCGAGCCGCAAGUACGCAUUCAAGGUAGACAAAUUCAACCAAUUCCUCGUGUUGCUAAAGCGAUGCUGGCUGACGCUUACAAGGAAUCAGGUUGCCACGCCGCUACGGUUCGCCGCAUAUGUUGGUUUUGCCGCUAUGAUGUGUGUUAUAUUUUACGAUAUGGGGAGAAAGGCGUCAACCAUGUUCAACAAUCUAACACUGAUAUUCGUCUGCAGCUGUAUUGUCAUAUUCCAGUCCCUCAUGCCUACAUUAAUUAUUUUUCCUAUAGAAGUGUCAGUCUUGUUGAGAGAACAUAGGAAUUGCUGGUACAGUCUCAGGAUGUAUUACAUGGCUAAGUACAUCGUGGAGAUAUUCCCAACGGUACCGCCGGUGCUCAUAAUGUCUGCCAUCAUGUAUUACCCGACCUCUCAACCUAUGGAACUGUGGCGAGCAGCAGCGUUUACCUUAUUUUGCGCUCAGCUCUCUUCGGUCAUCCAAUCCUUUGGUCUUGUUGUGUCGUCCGUUGCUAGUGUACAGGUGUCUGUCUGUCUGGCAUUUCCCCUAUUGUCGCCAUCUUUCAUGUUCAGCGGAUAUUUCGUGCAGUCUCACCUCCUGUCGCCGUACGUACGGUGGCUCAGCUACACAUCUCCUAUUUAUCACGCGUACCAUGGGAUGGUGCUGUCAUUGUACGGCUACGGACGGGGUCAGCUUGACUGUGACGAGCUCAUCUGCGUCUUCGAAGAUUCGGCCGACGUGUUGGCCUUUACUGACAGCACAACCAAAAGUAUCUACACGCAGUGUGCCAUCCUCGUAGCAAUAGAGGUGACAUUUAGGGUUGUCGCAUUUAUAUUGUUGAAAUGGAGGCUGAAAAGGAAGAAGUGAUAUUUUUUCGGAAGUGCUUUUGUUCAACAUCGUGACAAUCAGGAGAGUAACAUUGGGUAACAAUGGUGGGUAACGAUGUUGGGUAUGUAAAAAUUGGCUGCCCCACUUAACAGUCGCAAAGCUUAAAAUAAAUAAAGCAAAAAAGAAAAAAAAA